GCGCCCGCGGCCCAAUGUGGUCCGAGCCGGGUGGUGUGCGCCUGCGCAGUGGCUCCGAGCGGGCGGUUGCUUGUUGGUUGUUGUAGUAACGGGGGAAGCAGCAGUCGGCGGCUGCUGUGAGCCUGGCUGGGGAAGGAGGAGGGAGGUAGGCGCAGAGCCUGGUCCCCGCCUGCCCGCCCCCGGCCAUGGGAAGAUGAGACAGGAAUCUGUGCCACCCAAAUUGUCUGAGCCAGUGAAUCUGCAAGGAGAGGUCUCUGAGGCCCCUGUUUGCUGACUGUAUGACAGACCUUGAAGGAAAUGCCAGUUGUGAUGGCCCGGGACCUGGAGGAAAUUGCAUCAUCCUCAGAGGAUGAGGAGGCGGUAAGCCAAGAGGAUCAUCCAUGUAUCAUGUGGACUGGAGGCUGCAGGAGAAUUCCAGUUUUGGUAUUCCACGCUGAGGCUAUUCUAACAAAGGAUAAUAAUAUCCGAGUAAUUGGAGAACGUUAUCAUUUGUCCUAUAAGAUUGUGCGAACGGACAGUCGCCUGGUGCGCAGCAUUCUGACAGCCCAUGGAUUUCAUGAAGUUCACCCAAGCAGCACUGACUAUAACCUGAUGUGGACAGGAUCCCACUUGAAGCCCUUUUUACUUCGCACUCUCUCUGAAGCACAAAAGGUUAAUCACUUUCCCAGGUCUUACGAACUAACCCGGAAGGACCGGCUGUACAAAAACAUCAUUCGAAUGCAGCAUACACAUGGAUUCAAGGCUUUUCACAUCCUCCCUCAGACCUUCCUUCUGCCAGCUGAGUACGCGGAAUUCUGUAAUUCAUACUCUAAGGACCGGGGACCUUGGAUAGUAAAACCAGUGGCCUCUUCAAGGGGGCGGGGCGUCUACCUGAUCAACAAUCCAAACCAGAUUUCCCUGGAAGAGAACAUCCUGGUCUCCCGUUACAUUAACAACCCCCUGCUCAUAGAUGAUUUCAAGUUUGAUGUGCGCCUCUAUGUGCUCGUGACUUCCUAUGAUCCUCUUGUCAUCUAUCUCUAUGAAGAAGGAUUGGCUAGGUUUGCAACUGUGCGAUAUGACCAAGGAGCCAAGAACAUUCGGAACCAGUUCAUGCACCUGACAAACUACAGUGUGAAUAAGAAGAGUGGAGACUACGUGAGUUGUGAUGAUCCAGAAGUGGAGGAUUAUGGGAACAAGUGGAGCAUGAGUGCCAUGCUCAGGUACCUGAAACAAGAAGGCAGAGAUACAACUGCAUUGAUGGCCCACGUGGAAGACCUCAUCAUUAAGACUAUAAUAUCUGCUGAGCUUGCUAUCGCUACUGCUUGUAAAACCUUUGUUCCUCAUCGCAGCAGUUGCUUUGAAUUAUAUGGCUUUGAUGUGCUCAUAGAUUCUACUCUAAAGCCCUGGUUGUUGGAGGUGAAUCUCUCUCCUUCCUUGGCCUGUGAUGCGCCUCUGGAUCUAAAGAUUAAAGCCAGUAUGAUUUCAGAUAUGUUCACUGUUGUAGGAUUCGUGUGCCAAGAUUCUGCCCAGCGAGCAUCAACACGGCCAAUUUAUCCCACCUUUGAGUCUUCCAGGCGAAACCCUUUCCAGAAACCUCAGCGAUCCCGCCCGCUCUCGGCCAGUGAUGCGGAGAUGAAGAACCUGGUGGGCUCGGCCCGGGAGAAGAUGUCGGGGAAGCUGGGCGGCUCAGUGCUCGGUCUGUCCAUGGAGGAGAUCAAAGUUUUACGGAGGGUGAAGGAAGAGAAUGAUCGGAGAGGCGGAUUUAUUCGCAUAUUUCCUACAUCGGAGACAUGGGAAAUUUAUGGGUCCUACCUUGAGCACAAGACCUCCAUGAACUAUAUGCUAGCAACACGCCUCUUCCAGGACAGGGGAAACACAAGAAGAAGCUUAUUGGCAGGAAGAACACGAGUGACCACUGACGGGAUGCCAGAACUGAAGAUAGAGAGUAUGAAUUCAAAGGCCAAGCUGCAUGCUGCUCUUUACGAGAGGAAACUUCUGUCUCUGGAGGUGCGAAAACGUAGACGACGGAGUGGCAGAUUGAGGGCACUGAGGCCAAAAUACCCAGUGAUUACCCAACCAGCUGAAAUGAAUGGUAAGCCCGAGACAGAGAGUGAAGAGGAGGAAGAGGUUGCAUUGGACAAUGAGGAUGAAGAACAGGAAGCUUCCCAGGAGGAGUCUGCUGGGUCUCUUGGAGAAAACCAAGGCAAAUACGCAUCCCUGCUGACUGUUGGGAUAGAAAGUUUACCCAAGGAAAAUUCCAUGGAAGUUCCUGAGUGGCAUAAUAAAGGUGAACAGUGCUGUAAGAUUGAGGCUCAGGAGCCAGAGCCUAAGUUUAAUCUGAUGCAGAUUCUGCAAGACAAUGGGAAUCUAAGCAAAGUGCAGGCCCGAAUAGCAUUCUCUGCCUAUCUCCAGCAUGUUCAGACGCGCCUGACGAAGGACGGUGGAGGUCAGACGUUCAGUGCCAGUUGGGCUGCCAAAGAGGAUGAACAGAUGGAGCUGGUGGUUCGUUUCCUCAAAAGAGCAUCAAGUAACCUCCAGCACUCACUGAGAAUGGUGCUACCUAGUCGACGAUUAGCUCUUCUAGAACGCAGGAGAAUCCUCGCCCGCCAGCUGGGUGACUUUAUCAUUGUGUACAACAAGGAAACAGAACAAAUGGCUGAAAAGAAAUCCAAGAAGAAACUUGAAGAGGAAGAAGAAGACGGGGUGAAUACAGAAAACUUUCAGAGGUUCAUCAGACAAGCAAGUGAAGCUGAACUGGAGGAAGUAUUGACUUUUUAUACUCAAAAAAACAAGUCUGCGAGUGUCUUCUUGGGGACUCACUCUAAAAGUUCCAAGCACAGCCAUACUUUUUCUGAUAAUGGGGCAAAAGGUGAUCACCCUGAGACGAUGCAAGAAGCGAAAAUAAAGCAACCCAGACAGCAACAGGCAACAGAAAUUCACUCUGAUAAAUUAUCUCGAUAUACCACCUCAGCAGAAAAAGAGGCUAAAUUAGUCUAUACCAAUUGUUCCUCUGCUUCUUUCUCUGCUCCUGCUGCUCCUCUUCCGCCGAAAAUUCCCAACACCCAUUUGUCAUCUGUUACAACCUCUGCCCUCUCGCCAGGGCUUGGCCACCAUUCUUCCUUUUGUCAGACUCCUCCAACUGUUCCCAGCAUGCCUCACCAGCCAGCAGUUUUACUGAGCCCUAUCCCUGAUCACGCUGCUCCUGCGACCCAGAACAUACCAAGCCCCGCUGGCCCGCCACGCUGUCGAUCAGGCAGUUACACCAUUGGCCCCUUCUCCUCCUUCCAAAGUGCUGCACACAUCUAUAGCCAGAAACUGUCUCGUCCCUCUUCAGCAAAGGCAGUAGGUUCAUGCCACCCAAGCAAGCAUCAUUCAGGAGGAAGCAAAGCACAAAGAGAGGGAGAAGAUGGUUCUGCAUACAGCAAACGGUACAACCAAAGUAUGGUCACGGCUGAACUUCAGCGGCUCGCUGAGAAGCAGGCAGCACGGCAGUACUCCCCAGCCAGCCACAUCAGUCUCCUCACCCAGCAGGUAGCAAACCUGAACUUGGCAAGUGGGGCCAUAAACAGGAGCAGUACGUCAACUCCCCCUACCCUGCGACGUGUCAUCAGUCCCAGUGGUCCAACGUGGUCAAUACAGCCCGACCCCCACGCCCCCGAAAACCACUCCAGCCCCCCUGGAAGCAGGAGCCUCCAAGCCAGUGGCUUUGCCUGGGAGGGAGAGAUCGAGACCAACGCAUACAGCAAGGCUACAGGGGUGGUCCCCCAGCAUAAGUAUCUCCCCACGGCAGGCAGUUACCAACUCCAUUUUGCCCUUCAACAACUUGAACAACAAAAACUACAGUCCCGGCAGCUUCUGGAUCAGAGUCGAGCCCGGCACCAGGCAAUCUUUGGCAGCCAGAUACUACCUAACUCUAAUUUAUGGACAAUGAAUAACGGCGCAGGCUGCAGAAUUUCAGGUGCCACUGCUAGUGGCCAGAAGCCAACCAUUCUGCCACAAAAAGUGGUGCCAUCUCCAAGUUCUUCACCUUCCCUGGUUCCCAAACCCCCAGCCAGUCAUAAACAAGUGCUUAAAAAGGCCACAUACCAGAGGGCUUCCAAAGGUUCCUGCACAGAAGGGCAGCUGAACGAGCUCCAGAGCAGCCUUAACUCCUCAGCCUUUGUGCCGGUGCCCAGCUCCACAGGAUCUUUGGAAGUUCCCCAAGUUAUUUUCGCCAGAUCCAAACCCUUACCCACACAAUCUGGAGCCCUUGCUACAAUUAUAGAACAGAGAAAAUCAAAGUCGAUGAAGUAAGGGCCAAUUUAAGGAUACAUGAACCGUUUCUGGAGCCUGUCUGCAACCUCUGUACACAGAGAUUCUGAUGGUGAAGAGAAGACAUUAGCCAGAGUUGUGAAAAACAGUCUUCCAUGAACUGCACCAAAAAAACAGCUGCCUUCUGUUCCCAAAAAAUGCUUUACCCAUAACUACAUCUCCUGCCCCAGCAGCACAGUCAACAAAUGGCACAGGUGCUUCUUAUGGGCCCGCCUACCUGGAAUAUUCUCUGCUCAUAGAAUUUACCUUGAUUGUGAAGCAGAAGUUAUCAGGAGUCUGCGAAUCACUCUGCCAUCGUAUCACUCUGCGUUAAUGUGGUUUGGAGCAAUACUCAUACGGCACGGGCUUUGUCAAGAUGGCAUGUUCAAGUUUAUAGUUCACAUCCCACAUGGUGACUGUCCAUGGUUGGUGUUUGCUAUUCCCGUCUUUUACCCACUAGUUGAUCCCGCCUCAGAUGAACUGUGUGUGAAGGGAGCAUUUGCGCAAUGGAGGUGGAACCAUAAUCUUAUUUGGCAGGUAUUGAUGUAUGCAGGGAGAGUUUUCUAUAAGAUUGAGACAGGAAGCCCCUUGAAUCCAGAAGUUGCAGCCUUGCAUGAAAAAGAUGUUCACCUUUUUAAAAACAAAGUGAUUGACCCUGAAGUGUGCACUUCUCAUUUGUUUGAACAACCUAAAAUAGAAGACCUCCUAUGCAAUUAGCUUUUCUCCAUGGAAUCCUUCUGUGCACAGUGAAGCCAGAGAGAAGAUGCUGACUCAGAAACCUGAAGAACAACACAGUAAAAAGUGUUCAUGUUGCUGGCCUGUCAUGAGUAAAGCCUGGCUCAGUAUAACCUUUCACUAAAGAAGAAAAACAGUAGCAGAGAUGAUGAAUCUGGUGCACCGUGCACUUUCCUGCUGACUCUGGCCUAGUCAAAGCUGACUGACAGCAAAAGAUGACUGAAGAGUAAAGGAUGUGAACAGUGACUGGUUAUCAAUGUUGCCCAUGUAUGCAUAGGUUCUAACAGCAGGUUUUAGAAUCCUCUCAAGUAAUGCAUUACUUAUGUCGGAAGUGUCUUAGGGUGAUUGUUUUAGUUCUUUUUUGUUGCUAAGACAAGAUACCCAAUGCCCAAAAUGAAGGAAAGAAAGGUUUAUUUAGCUCACAGUUUAUGGAGGUUUCAGUCCAUAAUCAGCUGGCUCUAAGGCAGGGUGACGUGACAGAGGGCAACAAUUCAAGGUAGCAGAAGGCAGCAAAAAGGGAGGAGCCCAAGGAGAGAAGACUUUCUUUCCCUUAUAUUAUAUGUAGGCUACCCACCCUAGAGUGGAUGUAGCAGUCAUACCCAUAAGCCCAGCUUUGGACCACACAGAUUCUAAAGCCUGCCCACAUGAUUGCAUGCAGCUUGGGAGGGAUAUCCAGACACAAACUGUAACAGUGUUUGUCUAGCUCAGUGUUCCCAUUGAGGCUUAAGUAUUUUUCUGAAUAUAAUGCCAAAGAUAAGUUGCAUUCGCUUAAACUAAUAGAGUAGACUGAAAUCAGCACUAUUUAAUAAUUUUUAAAUCUGUGGUUUCAGUUGCACAUUUAGCAGGAUACAAA